UCCCCAUCACCACCACACACACCAAAAUGGGCUUUAGGGUUUUACUCUCACUACUACUCCUAACCUCCUUCACCAUCAACACCUUUGCUGCUGACGUCGGUGACAACGUCAGCUGGACUCAGUCCCCUCACCACGCGCCAUCACACCAACCGGUAGCCGCACCCGCACCCCACCAUCACCACCACCACCACCCCCACCACGCGCCAUCAUACCAACCGGUGGCAGCACCAGCACCCCACCACCACCACCACCACAAACUUGCUACUUCCCACGCGCCUUCCAAGGCCCCUGCUCACGCUCCGGUUCCGGUUCAGGUUCAGCCACCCACCAAGGCUCCGGUUCAGCCACCCACCACCUCACCGGCACCGGUUCUGCCGCCUCUGCCGCCGAGAAAACUGGUGGCGAUUCAGGGUGUGGUUUACUGUAAGGCUUGUAAGUAUAAGGGGGUUGAUACACUCAUUGGUGCUAAACCACUUCAAGGAGCUGAGGUGCUGUUAACAUGCAACAAUACAAAGUAUCCACUGAGGGUCAAAGGUACAACUGACAAGAACGGGUACUUCUUCAUCAAGCCACCCAAGACUUUGACCACAUAUGGGUCCCACAGGUGCAGAGUGAGCUUGUUAAGCUCACCCAUGGCUACAUGCAACCAACCCACUGAUCUUCAUGCUGGAGUCAAGGGGUCUUUGUUGAUGCCUAACAAGAAGCCACCAUUGUCGAGCCCAGAUGCUCACCCACUUCCCUAUGAUGUGUUUAGUGUGGGUCCGUUUGCGUUUGAAGCUUCUUCCAAGACUCCAUGCGCUAAAGAAAGUUUGGAGGACUAGUUUAGCAUUUGAGGAAUAGUUAAGGGGUCGUGUUUUAAGUUUUAUGAUUUUAGCUUAUUUUAAAAGCCUUAAGUUGGUGUGUGGUGGUUGUAAUUUUUAAGGUGUCCUUUGAUUUCUAUUUGAGAAUGAAAAUGUCGACGUUGAUGGAUGCAACAUUUGCCCUU